UACAUCAACCACAAAAAUUUCUCAUCUCACAUUCCGUAGGACAGUGUGCGAAAAGUCAAAACUCAUUCUUUUAAUUAAUGACAGGAACCGGGAAACAAUAUUCAAAUGUGAAGUUCUUGUAUGUUAAACUUUAACGUCAGCACAAUAGGGGCUCGCACAAAAGUGUUAAGCUUUCCAUCAGGUUUCCUACUAACACCUGAUUCAAUGGGCGUGUCACUCAACCAGGGAGUCCUCUAAAUUAGCAUUUUUACAAACCAUGAACCAAAAUGGUGAUACCAGUGGAAGCUCGAAAGGGAAAUCCUGGGAACGGCCAUGGAGUACAGAUGAAAUGCGUCAGAAUGCUCAUGCAUGGAAUUUAGCGGGUGAUGCAGGUUUGCUGAAACAUUUGCAAGAGUUUUCUCAGGCAGUGUUAGCUCGGACUCACACCACUGAAAAGUCAUUGGAUUUGCUCAAUGAAGAGAUCAACACCUUAACCUCUGAACUAAAUAAUACCAAUAACAAAUUUUUGUGCCUUGCUAAUACUCAAUUUGUAGAGAAUCGAGUUUAUGAUGAUGACGAUAAAGAAACUCCCCAGACAGAGGCUGCUCCUGAAAAGAAGUCAAAAGAGGAAACAGAAGCAAAAAUGUUACAAAAGGUUCGUGAGGCCUUAUCAAUGAGUGUAGCUGUCCUUGAUACAAUGUUUGAACCUGUAGAAAUACAAGCUAGUGAUUCUGAAGGAGAGUGUGAUAGUGACAAACAAGGGACUAAAACUUUAAUACUAGAACCGCAUAACCCAUACAUUCACCGUCCUCUUCCGCACCUCAUUGGAUCAGAGCCAUUUAUGUCAGAUGACCAAAUUGGUCUUGGUGACACUCCAAGUGAUGAUGAAGAUCAGUCACCCAAAACUGGUGUUGAUCAGGAUAUGGAGACUUCUAGUGAGUCUGAUGUGGACUUUCCUCCAUUUGCGAGCAGUAAAAGAGAUAGGGAUAUUUAUUCUUCUCAUAGUUCAAUAUCAGAUCAUCCAGAUUACCAGGAAAGAUCUGAGAAACAACCAAAGAAGAUCAAACCUACUGACCCUGUUAAAAAUAUUGAUGAAGAUUAUAAUGAAGUUCAAGAACCUACAUCUUCUAUUAGACAGUCAGCUCAAACAAAUAGUGCUUUUGCUGCUCAGCUUGCAGCUAAAUUGGAUAAAAUUGCAUCUCCAUUAAAAAGCACUGAUCAUGAUACUCGAAAUAUUUCUGUUCCAAGCAAAUCUACGUCAGAUAAUUUAUUUGGAGAAGAUCACUCAGAUGAUGAGGAUGAUGGUCUUUUUCCUGGAAAUUCAAGUUUAUUCUCUGAUAGGCCUAAACUUUUUGAUGACUUGACAGAAACCAGUGAUUCAUUGUGGGGGCCAGAAGACCCCAAACCUAUCAAAACUUCAGGACCAGAAAAUAAUAAGACUAAUCAAGAUAUUCACAGCCGAACUCAAAAUCGUGUUACAACUGAUCUCUUUCCCAGUACUGAUGAUGAAGAUGAUUUGUUCCCAAUCAAAGCCACAAACCCAUCCAAGAGUUCAACUGUGGUUUCUAAAGAAAAUAUUAAAGAUCCAGGCUCUAUUAGGUCAAUGAUAACAAAACAGCAUAAUUUAAAAGUGGGAGAAAUCAGACCAGGCUUGGCCACCAGUACACCUGAAAGAGGCCAUAACGAAGAAAACUUGGAGAACAAAUCGGGUUUAUUUGGCAGUGUCUCCCAAAACCUCACUCAGGAGUCUUCCAGAGUGGACACUGCGACUGCUAAGAAUAGCAGUAUGAUUGAAAAUGAACCUUCUAGCAGAAUUGACCAUCAUUCUCAAGAAAAAAAACCAGCCGGAGGUGUUCCAAUGUUUGGGCAGGCUGAUGUAUUAGCUGGACUGAAGGCUAAAUUUCCCCGUAGACCUUCUUCCUCCUCAUCAGAGUCAUCAAACAGUAGUCCUUCUGAAAGAAAUUCUGAUUCUCUUCAAAAAUCUGAGUCCACCGGCCCAUCAGUCGAUCAUCCAACUGGUAAUACUGUCAGUGCCGAUCAAGGUUGGAGUAGUGCUGUUGGUGCUUCUCAAUAUAGCCAAAGUGCAAGCCUUGGAUUUGCAUCACCUGCCUUGACAUCCACAAGAUUAUCCAAUGAUGAUGGUUAUCAGACAAGAAAUGUAUUGAAUUCAGUGUCCAGCAUUCCAGCUGCUAAUGCGCACUAUAAUGAUGGAGAUAAUAUAUCUUCAAGAAAAUCGUCAGCAUUCGACUCACAAAAUCCCCCCUCACUUUCAGGAGGACUAUUUGCUGAGGUUAAUGAUGAUGAUGAUGAUGAUGAUGAUCUUUUUGGUCGUCCAACAACUAAAAAGGCUGAAAAGGAGCAAUCUCAAGGUGCAUUACCACAAACUGCAGGAAACGAUUCUUUUAAAGAAGAUAAGAAAGCUCCAGUUUCUGUUACUAAUGAGGCACCCAAGACUGCUCAACUGUCUACCAAUUACUCUGCUGUAGCCAAUACAGAAAGGAACUUUUUCCAAAGUGACUUUCAUAGCACAGUUCCCCCUCCAUUAAAAGCUGAAAGCAAAAUUAAAAAGCCAGUGUCAUUAUUUGACGAUUCUGAUUCAGGUGAAGAUGAGAUUUUGUUUUCAUCAGCUAGUUCAGCUGGUUCAAGACGCUCUCAAGCUUCAACAGAUAUCUUAGCGUCAGCGGCAGUUUCUAGCAGUGAAAAGAAACCCCUGAGUAAGAAGGGUCUCUUCGAUGAUGAUGACACUCUUUUUGGCAGUGCUCGCAAUGUUCCUGAUGUUGACCUAUUUAGUGAACCUUCAAAGCCUGUUGUUGAGACUCACACUAGUACUGAUACAAAGAAGACAAUUCCAAACAAGAGUUUUGUUGAGAAAGAUGGACCGGUAUCUAGUGAUACAACGCAGGAUUUCACUCCCAGGAGCUUGGAGAAACCUAAAAGCUCAGAACCUCUAAAAGAACCAAUUCAUAGUGACAUUUUUGAGGAUGAUCUUUUUGCUGAAGUUGAAGACAAUGAUUUCCUUUUUGGUGUCAAACCCAAAGCUGCUCCCAAAACUGACAAAGUUCUUUUAAAUUCUUCAAAUACUGAAGAUGAGGAAAAUGACUUAUUUCAAAAUGUUUCUGUACCACAACUUAAACAGAAAGAAAGUACACAAGCAAAUACCGUACAGUCAAAAACUUCAAAUUCUACGGUACCUUUGUCAAAGCCAUCUUUGGUUGUUGAAAACUCCUCUGAGCCACAAGUGCACUCAACUAAUGCUACUUUAAGUGAAGGUUCAAACAAGGUCAGUACUUCUGUUAAAAACUACAGCAUCAUUGAAGAACCAAGUAAUGCUGCUCAGCCUUUCAAAAAGCCUGAGCCACCAAGAACUUUAGACAUUAGGAAAGAAACAGAUCCUGGCCUUGGCUUAUUGAAUGACAGUGAUGAUGAUGAUGACUUGUUUGGUACAUCAGUAUCCAAAAUAUCUGCUCCUGCUCCCAAACCAUUUCAAAAACCACAGAUUGCCUCUAAACCAGAACCGAUUGUUCCAAAGUUUGAUGUUAAAAAACCCACUGAUGAUGGAGCUCCAAGUAGUGAUUCUGUGGGUAAACCUCCAGGGCGUAGUGAGGUUGAUGGGGCUGCUGUUAGUGUGUCCAAACUAAAAGAUUCGUUGUUAACUGGCAGUAGUGGACAACCAGCUUUGAAAAUUGAUCCUCGAGCAUUCUUACCAGGUCAAAAGCCACCUCUACGGAAAACUCCUCCGAAGGAAGAUACUGAUGGCUUAACAGUCAAAGAGCCACUAAAGGCCUCAGGCUCAGAAAAUCCUGUUAGUUUUGAGCAGCCUGUCACAAAUAAUGCUACAUUACCGUCAACUAACAAGGAUAGAGCAAAGCUGGGUGUCAAACGACGUCCUCCUAGCAGUAAAGCUCGCAGGGAAUCUGCUAGAGCAAGUAUGAAUUUGGAUCAAUCUGAUAAAGAAAGUCCUUUAUCCCCAGAUGUCUCCUCUGUUGUUACUGAUUCCAAUAGUGCAGUCAAUAAUACAAGUGUUAACUCAAGCAAUAGUGUUCUCUCCCCCUCCACUGAUGAGGAUGAUCUGUUUGGUGUGCCACAAGAUCUCCCACCUGAGUAUGGAAACCAGACAUUACCUUCCUCUGACAUUUUCAGUGGGGCACCCAUUCUUUCUCCUCUAUCGGGUAUUGAACCUGCUCAACAAUCUCAACAAAACGAGAGUAAGGCAAACAGCCUGAAGGUUUCUGAGGAAGCAAAAGCCAUCCUUUUUACUCCUCCUGAUUUGGAAAACAUAUCUAAAACAGAUGAUUUGUUUGUUUCUACACAAACUCGUCCAGAUGAAGUAUCUAUGCCAAAUUCUUUACCAGUGACAGGAACCUGCGCUUCAAAAGACACACCUACUGUUGUCCAUCCUGUGGGUUCUGAUAGUUCACAAACAUCAUCAGCUGCUGAUCAGAUUUUGCAAGACAUUAUAGAAGAAUUAUCUCACACAACUCUAUCCUCUUCAGAAACCUCUGUGAAGACGAAUGAGAAUGAAUAUCUAAAGGAAGAUGUUUCUACAAAAAUAUCAUCAGGCAAUGAGAUUUCUGGCAAAACAUCUGCUGUAGAUCCUUUGAACAAAGCUGACCAUCCGUCGGUCAGUAAUGAUGAUGAUCUCUUUAAACCUAAUAAUGAUUUUGAUGAUCACAGCUCUCUUUUUCCAUUUGUUAAGAAGAAGCCAGAAAGUAAGCAAUCGAGUAAUCAACCACUGUUUUCUCAAACUCCAGCUCUACCAUCUAAAGAGGAUAUAUCUGUUGCAAAACCUGGUCUUGCUGGACUUGUUGAUAUUGAUGAUGAUGAUCUGUUUUCAUCCUCAAGCAAAAAGGCAGUUGGGAAGAAAAUACUUGACACUUCCAGUAAGUUAAAAGGGAAAGAAAUAAAAACAUGGAAGUUAUCUGAUGAUGAUGACGAUGACAACCUUUUUCAAACUGGUACAAAAAGUACAUUAGCUAAUUCUUCAAGUAUCUCGUCUUCUAAAGUGCCUAUCCCUGUGUCUUCAUCUGCUGCUUCACAAUCAGUUGACUCUAAAUUAGUUACAAGUAAAUCAUCCAAACUGGAAGUAAGUGUCAAGAAAUCAAAGCCUAAACCUUCUCCUGGAAAUGGUCUUUUUAGUGAUGAGAACGAUGAAGAUGAUGAUCUAUUCUCAAAACCAUCUCCAUUUUUAAAAAAUAAAGCAAAACCUACAAAUGUUUCAAAGUCAUCAACAUUGUUUGAUGAUGAUGAUGACGAUUUAUUUGGUUCUAAACCUAGUGCUUCGAACAAACCACUAGAAAAAAAAGAAAACAAUUUAAAGGAUGCAGCUGAAGUUAAGUCUCACAUUUCCACAUCUUCCGCUCAUUCCAAACAGAAUGUCUUUGAUGAUCCACUGAUGUCACUUGGAAAUAAGAAGUGAUUUUUUGCUGUUACGUAUUAGCUCAACUGAACAAGUGAUUGAUAGCAUAUUUAUAAUCUACUAGCCCUGAUUGUUUUGAGUAGUGCAUUGGUGUUUAGCCAUUUAAUUUUUUGCCUUCUCCUCACAUGUACUGUGUGUUUAUGGUGGUUCUGUUUAUCAUACUUUUUUGUUUAAUUGUAUAAAAGAUUAUUCACAUAAUUCUCAAGGAACUAGAGGUUUUUUUUUUACAGGUAUCUUCUGUUUAUCGUAAGUUGACUGACUGGUUGGAGGAUAAAAUAAUUUUAGGUAAUCAAAUCUAUUUUUGUACUGAGAUUCAUUGGUAUGGUGCACUUGCUAUGUCAGUUGUUGGCUGCUGGUUCUACAUAAGUCACCAUACUUAUAUUCUAUUUCAACGUAAAAUACAUUCUGCUUUUAUCUGAACCAAUUUACUGCUACUGAGAUUUUUUUUUGGGAGGCCAUAGGCUUGCCAUUUGACUGUAUUAUUGUAAUAUUUUUGCAUCUUUAUUUUCUGUGAUGACCUUACUGAACACUUCUGUCUAGUCUGGUCAUAGAUUAAUUGUUUUUUUAUGGGUGAUUUUUUAAAAAAUC